GGCAGCGGCUGCUGCUGAAAGCCUUGCUUGGCUCCUUCUUCUGCUGGGCACUUGGGUCGUGCCGGCUGCUGCCUAGAGUCCCCUCCAGCUCCCCCUGGUUGGGGAAGGAGAGGGAAGCUCUGCCUUGGAGUGAGGGAGGCUCCAGGGGCUGUGCCGCCUGCCUCCUCCUGGUGCUUCGGUUGGGGCUUUGCUGACCGGACUGAGCGGCCCCUGCUUGGGAGGGCAGCGGAGAGAGAGAGAGGGCAAGACUGGCGGCGGCCACUGGUCCCGUCCCAGGAGGAGUUGCGUGCAGCAGGUCUAGGGGAAGUGGAAGCAGCACCGGCAUGUUCCUGGAGUGCACCUCGAGACUAUACCGUCUAUAAAGCUUGCUGAAGAUAGACAUAUGUGCUGCAAUGGUGACAUAAAUUAUUAAGCAGGACUGGAACAAGUUGUUGAAAAGUUGUGGUUUUUUUUAAUGCUGCUGCUGUUAGAAGCAAUCUAAGGCAAGUAUACAACAUGAGUUUUAUCAUGAAACUUCACAGACAUUUUCAAAGAACAGUUAUCUUGCUUGCCACUUUUUGUAUGGUGAGCAUUGUUAUUUCUGCUUACUAUUUGUAUAAUGGCUACAAACAGGAAAAUGAACUUUCUGAGAUCUCUUCAGAAUUGGAAUGUGGUGAUCUUCAGCUGUUGUCAUACAAGUUAAUGGAGCUGAAGACAGUGAAGCCCAUUGAUCUCAUUGGGACUGAUCCCGUAGUGCUGGUGUUUGUGGAAAGCCAGUACUCAGCACUCGGUCAAGAUAUAAUAACAAUUCUAGAAUCCAGCAGAUUUCAGUAUCACAUAGAGAUUGCUCCUGGGAAAGGUGAUCUUCCAGUGCUUAUAGACAAAAAUAAAGGCAAAUAUGUUCUCAUUGUAUAUGAAAAUAUUUUAAAGUAUGUGAAUAUGGACGCAUGGAACAAAGGCCUACUAGAUAAAUACUGUACUGAAUAUGGUGUGGGUGUCAUUGGAUUCCAUAAGGGCAGCGAGAACAGCUUGCAGAGCAUUCAGUUUAAGGGCUUUCCUUUCCAUGUUCAUGGCAAUCUGGGUGUUAAGGACUGUUGUGUUAACCCUCAUUCCCCAUUGCUUCAUGUAACUAAAUCCUCUAAGUUUGAUAAAGGUCCCUUGCCUGGAAAUGACUGGACAGUUUUCCAGAUUAAUCAUUCAGCCUAUCAGCCAGUGAUAUUUGCAAAAAUAAAGACUACAGAAAACCUCCCACUACCCAUCACUAAAAAUGCUCUCCAUGCCACAGUAGUUCAUGACCUGGGGCUUCAUGAUGGGAUUCAGAGAGUCCUCUUCGGCAACAACUUGAACUUUUGGCUGCACAAGCUGAUCUUUAUAGAUGCCAUCUCUUUUCUGUCUGGGAAAAAGCUCACAUUGUCCUUGGAUAGGUACAUUCUUGUUGACAUAGAUGACAUCUUUGUUGGGAAGGAAGGAACAAGGAUGAAUGUCAAUGAUGUGCAGGUACAGUAUGUGGAAAAAAAAACUGUUCUGCUACUGCAAAAGCUUCAACAUGAAUUCUUAUUUUUUAAACUGAAAUUAAUGUUUGAAAUUUACCAAAAAUGCAAAUCUGUCUUGCUGCACCAAUCCCAAGUAUAUGUGUUUGGCAUAAGAAGAAUCCCUUGGGGUUUGGGGAGACAGAAUCCUUCUCUCUUGCAGGCUACAAAGUUCCUUUGUGGCACCUGCUGCAACCUCAGAGCUGGAAUAGUCUAUUGCCUAUUAACUUGCCUCUUGCAAAGGAGCUGGGAGAGGCUGGUGAAUCAUAGUGACAGAUCCUCUGGCCAAUUCAGGUACUCACCGAAGUGACAGAGACGGAGCACCUGCCUAACUUUGCUGAAGGUGUGUGCUCCUGUUUGAAAUCUUAUUCUGCUUUCCUACCCACAUGGAAACUGGUUCUGCUAU